ACGCCGAGAGAGAGAGAGAGAGAGAGAACAGAGGAAGGCGAAGCGACGAACCUAAACGAAGGAGACAAUCUACGCCAAUACGAAUACUCAUUUCUCUCAACGUGACGUUAGAGAAAGUGAUUCCCUCCACCUCCGACGCCCAACAAAAAAGCCCUCCAUUAGAAAAAGUGAUCCCCUCCAUUUCGUCGGCGCGAACCUUAGCGGUGAACCCUUCUUUUCUUUCUUUUCCAUUUGAUUUUCCUGACGAGAAGAAGUUUUUAAAGUUGAAAGACAAUGGAGAUUCCAGAGAAGAUGGACCAGCCGAACCAAGGUUCAAGCUCAUCUCUUACAAAUAAGCGAAAAAGAGGUCGUCCUCGCAGAGAUGAUAGCCAGACUCAGCAACCAGGGAUCCCACCUGUUAGUACUUAUAUUGAUGAGAAUCUGAUAGGUCAAGUUGUUUCUGGUGUCGUUGAAGGUUCUUUCGAGGCAGGCUAUUUUCUCAAUGUAAAAGUUGCUGACACAGAAAAACAAUUGAGAGGCGUUGUUUUCUUUCCAGAGAAAGUCACUCCAGUUAACACAGCAACUGAUUUGUUUCCCCAAGCUAAGAUGUAUGAAAGAGAAGUUAUCCCAAUUCCCUUGGUAAACCAACAAGCUCCACUUCAGGGGAAGAAAGAUGCUGGGAAUCAAACUGAUAACCUCCAUCCUGAGCCUCAAACCGAUGUCUUGAUCGCUGCUAAAAACCUAUCUGCUACUUGCACCAGAUCACUGCCUGAUAAUGUUCCAAUGAGUGAUGGGGGUGCUGAUUCUGUGGCUAUUGGUAAGAGGAAUGAUCCUAUUGAUACACUGAUGAAAGAUGUUGAUGGCUCUUCUGCAGAGAAGAAACUCACUGAACCUGAAGGCCAAACUCUCUCUCUGAUGCCCCAGUUUGCUAGCGAUGAUGCACCCAAAGAGGAUCAUACUGUCCUGACAUCUAAAGCUUGUGUAGCAAGUAAGGAAGCAUUUACAGUCACUUCUACUUCACCUAAAGAUUCAAUAGCUAAAGGCUCUACUACUUUGGUUGAUUUCUUUUCAGCACCUGAAAUGUCGCGAAAGGAGGCCACGGGAUCCAGCUCUACACUGAACCUUGAACUCUUUCAGAAAGAAACUAAUCGAUCGGGAACUGAAGACGAGAAGUCUCCUGCAGAUGCUGAACCUCGCGGAGUGGAAGAAAAACCAGCUUCUACUGUUGAUGAUGUGCCAGAAGAGCUUCAGCUAGAGCUUGGCAACAAGAAAAUGAGUGCUUCAUCAAUUGCUACUGAAACAAAGCCUGAUCAGAUUGCUUCUUCAAAGAGUGGGUUCUUGACGAAUGUGUUUGAUGGAAGAGAAGAAACGGCAAAAGAACCAGAAGAACCUAAUGCAGCUUCAGAGAGUGGCAUCCCAGAAGCAACAGCACAAGUAGGUGAUGAUGAUUCUUGAAAAGCGGAUGGAACAACAUCAAAGAAGCUGUUGGUAUUAUUGAGAACAGUUUUCUUUUUUCACUCCUUUUGGUUAGAAUAGUUAGUAGUAGAAAACUCUUAGCAGACUCAAGGCUCCCUUCUCUCAUUUGUGGCAUUAUGGAUUUUAAUUUGGCUUUUGCCUUAAAUAUUCUUCCCCUUAUGGUUAAAGCAACUUUGGUGGUUCUGUCA